AUGUUCAUCCCCAUCCUCCGCGAUGACCCUCGGUUCUCGGUGUACACUGCCAGCAACUCGACGGGGCCUGGAGGCGAGGAUCGCAGGCUUCCAUUGGCGCUUGCAAAAGAGCCGCGAUGGGAGGGCGCAGGCGCGAGCGAGGAAGGAAUCUAAGAAGUCGUCGGAGCAGGUAUCGAAUGAGAAGACGCGGAUGCAACUCGACAAACCUGAUCGAGCGUUGUCACGGCAGGCAGUUACUUCCUCUGACAAAGGUCAUCCUGGGGCGUCUCCUUCACCGGGGGAUGGCAGAACACCGGAAAACCCCAACGGUCGUCGUAUAUCCCUCGCAGGUACGGAUAGCGACCUACCAUUAUACUAUCCUACACCAGAGCAGGCCGACAUCACAAAUCCCUUCUUGUCUGUAUACCCAAUUUCUCCCGUCCCGUCCACUUCGCGAUUCUCCUCCUACAUCCAUCACCGCUACAACCAAAGCUGUCCGGAGCUUCCCCUCUUGGAUUCAACUGUAAAUAACACUCCGCCGAGACAUGCACUCCUUGACGGAGGUUCCGAAGUCCUAUCUGACCUCAUGAGAGUUGAAUCCGCCGGAGUGCAGGCACUCAGCAGGCGCGGGAAGAAUGUUAAUAUACCCUCUGGCAGGCGCCAGGCAUAUGCAUACCUGAUACCCAAUAUCCACAAUUUGUCCG